UCACUCACAAAUAAUUCGUCAAUUAUUUGUGAGCAAAAUUGAUUUUCUUCAUCAUUUUAGUGUGUAGAAGGCGCUUUGGCAGGCGAACAAGAACAUAAUUGAAAAUAUAGUUUCUCAAUCUUUACAUGUUUCCAAACACAAUAUUCUCAUAUUUAUAAGGAAUCAUAUUCCAGGGAAUCGUGAAUCUCAGAAAUCAUAAUCCAAGAAAUUAUUUUUGGUGAUAACUUUACUUUUCUGCCAAACAAACAUGGCCUUAGUCUGAAAAAAGCCAAUAAAUUUACUUGUUAUCUCCAAAAGUUAUUCAAAUGAUAUGUUCAUUACUUUGCGUACCAAGCAUGAAAAACGGUUUAUGAUGGAUAACGAAUUGGACAUCUCAAUACCUUAGAAAAAAAAUUAAAUUAAACUCAACCACAAAGAAAGGUCCUCUGCAAUUUGCAUAAUAAAAAUGGAAAAAGAUCAGAAGAAGAAGCAUGUUUUUCGACUCAAUACAUUCAUUUUACUACUUUCCCUCCCUUUGCUCGGCUUUGGUCUCGAUUUCUCCGUAUUCGGGCAGAGAAUUUCCUUGAGUAAACACUUUUUCGGCGGCAAAACCGCCGUGAAGAAGACGGUGGAUGAGAAGGAAUUUAUCAAAUUUCAUGUAUCAAGACUAGUUCGAGGGGAGGAUCGUAAGAAACUUGAUGAGACGGGCUUCGCCUGCGACACGGCAAUCCAUUCCAUCCACUGCGUAUCCACUAAACCCGUAAGAAUCGACACACGGAACAUGACCGUGUACAUACCCUCCGGUUGGGACUCGCAGAACGAGACGUCUAUCCAGCCGUACGGGCGACAAGGAGACUUACCGAAACAAAUCUCCCCUGUUCGGAUGAUCCUGUAUGGCAACAACACGGACCCGCCCCCGUGCGAGUUCCACCACCGCCUCCCGGCCGUGGUGUUCUCCUCGGGGAGCACGGGGAACACGUUCCAUGAGAUUAGCGAGAUCAUCAUCCCCCUCUACAUCACCACCAAGCAGUUCGGGUCGCGCGUGCUCCUCGUCGUCGAGGACUACAAUCCUUCGUUCAUCGCGAAAUACCGCACCAUCCUCUCCCGUCUCUCGUACCGCGAGCCUAUCGACGCGGCCGCGAAUGCUACCAUCCAUUGUUUCCCGUCUACCGUAAUCGGGCUAAAGUACCACGACAAUCUGGCACUGAAUGCCAGUGACAUCCCAGGAGGGUACGGAAUGCCUGAAUUCCGUACCUUCCUGCGCACCACCUUUAGCCUGCGGUACGCGUACGUGUCGCAGGUACCCAGGCCGAGGCUGGUGUUUCUGUCGCGCACUAGCACAAGGAGGUUCCUCAACGAGGACAAAAUGAUCGACAUGAUCAAGGACGUCGGGUUCCAGGUACUCGUGGUUAGACGGUUGAAACUAGCGUCGAACCUCGAGAAAUUCUCGCGGCUAAUAAACUCGUGCAGCGUGCUGCUCGGCAUCCAUGGUGCCGGGCUCACGAACGAUAUAUUCUUGCCCACGGGCGCCGUGAUGAUCCAAGUGGAGCCUCUGGGCCUCGAGUGGGUUUCCAACACGUACUUUGGCAACACGGCCCGCGCGAUGGGCGUGCACUACCUGCGCUACCGGAUUGACCGAGACGAGAGCUCGCUGGCAAAGGUAUACGGCCGCAACAGCUCGGUCGUUACCGAUCCGAGAUCAGUGUUCAUACAGCAUGGUAACAGACAAGCGAGAAAUAUAUUUCUUGAUCAACAGAAUGUAAGAAUCAAUCUUACUCGAUUUAGGGAGACAAUUGUUGAAGCGCUUAGUAUUGUUACGGAUUCGCCUGCUAGGUAAUAGUGUUAUGAUAGGGGCCAGCCCGACCAAAGACGAAGCCCACUCAAUACAUGGAUUAUAGCUUUUAAAGUAGUUAGGAUUCAUGUGUAUCUUUUUCCUAUUUUAUUCCCUUAUUUUUGGACGUAUAUUGUGAGUCAAUUAGAAUAGAUUUUAUUAUAUC